AUGUACGUACCAAAAACAAUUGGAUUCUUACAUGGACAACCAAUUAAUAUUCGGAAAAAUGGAGUGGACAAACUUCCUACCUACCUCGUCCUUAACCCCAAGUUUUUAUCUAGCGAGUUAUAUCAGUUGUCACCUCCCGAGGAUUUGGCUCUUGCAACCUUGUUGGUGAGACCAGUAGGUUUCCACGAAGGACAAGAAUUUCUGAAAGAACUGGCUCUUUCAAAAGAAAACUAUGGUUUGGUUCGACGUGUUUAUUUGAUUUGUGAAAAUGAUAAUGUUUUAAAGCAAGGAUUCCAGAGGUGGAUGAUUGAAAAUAAUCCAAGUGAUGAGGUCAAAAUGAUUUCUGGUGCAGAUCACAUGGCUAUGUUCUCUAAACCUCAAGAACUGUGUUUCUACCUACAAGAGAGAGCGGAAAAUUGA